AAAACGCAAAUUAAAGGGAAUAAAAAACUUAUAUUAUAUUAAUAAAACAAAAUUUUAACAAAAAAAACCCACAAUAAUAAAAUUGAAAAGAAUAAUUAUUAGCAAUUAUUUAGAAUUUCACAGCAUUUGUGUUAGUGUAAAACUAAUCCAUCACUUGCUAACAGAAGCUUUAAUAUUAUAAGUUUUGUUAUCAGCUCCAUAUAAAAUUUUAAAUUCAAUAAUUAAUUUAUAAAAUUUUUUCCCAAGAAAUUAUUGUUUAAUAAAAGAUCCCACAAUGUCUUCGGCGCCAUAUAAUUACAAUUACAUAUUCAAAUACAUCAUAAUUGGUGAUAUGGGAGUGGGAAAAUCAUGUAUUUUGCAUCAGUUUACGGAAAAGAAAUUUAUGGCAAAUUGUCCUCAUACGAUUGGUGUUGAAUUCGGUACGCGUAUUAUCGAGGUAGACGACAAGAAAAUCAAAUUACAAAUUUGGGAUACGGCUGGUCAAGAACGUUUUAGGGCUGUGACUCGCUCUUAUUAUAGAGGUGCUGCUGGUGCUCUUAUGGUCUAUGACAUAACCAGACGAUCAACGUACAAUCAUCUUAGCAGCUGGCUAACCGAUACACGCAACUUAACCAAUCCAAAUACUGUGAUUUUCUUAAUUGGUAAUAAGUCGGAUUUGGAAAGUACACGGGAGGUGACCUACGAGGAGGCCGAAGAAUUUGCCAAAGAAAAUGGUUUAAUGUUUUUGGAAGCAAGUGCCAUGACGGGCCAAAAUGUGGAGGAAGCCUUUUUAGAAACAGCUCGUAAAAUCUAUCAAAAUAUCCAAGAGGGUCGUUUGGAUCUCAAUGCUUCGGAAUCGGGUGUACAACAUCGUCCCUCUCAACCCGGACGAACCUCAUUAACAAAUGAGACACCCAACAAUAAAGAUCAGUGCUCAUGUUAAACAUGUGUUAUAUAUAUAAUUUUUGUAAUUGUUUUUUUUCUUGAAACAUUUUACUACAUUUUUUUUUAAAUAUUAUUUUACUAAACAUAUUUUUUGUAUAUUAUGUUUCCUUUAUAUUUCUCUCACUCUAUACCACUUUCCUUUCUACUUUCUUUCUAUCUUACUUUCAUUAUCUCUUUUUGAUUAUAUUGUAUUGAACAAAAUAGCUGUUUAUUAUUAAAUUAUAUAAAAUAAGUAUAAAAUUUAUAAAAAAAAUAAAAAAAAGAAUUAUACGUAUAUAUAAAAAUAAAACUAGUACUCGAAACUAAAACACUUUUUAGCUAAAACAUUUAAAUAUAACAAAACAAAAAAACUUUUUCAUACAGAAACAUUUCAAAUAACAGCAACAAAUAGUCUUCACUUAAACCAAGACACAAACCAAAUAAAAAAUAUCAAUAUUAUUAAUUAUAAAAAUCUAAGAAACAAACAAAAAAAAAAAAUAAGAUUUUUAGUAAACAAAUUAUAACUCUGACAAAAAGGAAUGUAGUGUUUUAAAACCCCGGAUUUAUUGUAAGAAAAUGAAAGUGCAUUUUUAUAAGAAAGCUAAUUUUUAAACAAUAAUGAAUAUUCCUUGUAUUUAGUGGCACAGUAUUGAAAGUAUAUUCAAUACUUGUAGGGUUGUUUUAAAUAAUUGAUGGUUUUUCUUUGUUUGAAAAGCGAGUUUUAAAAAAAAAUUAAUUCUUUUUGUUUGGUUGAUGAAUAUUUAAAAAAAAAAAUUAAAUAAAUAAAGAACUGUAUGGAAUAAAUGUUGAAAUAAAAUACAAAUAAAUGGUAGUUAUAGAAAAAAGGAAAAAUAAAA